UUUUCGGACUGAGUAGUGGCUUUCUGCGCUUAUCACCCCAAGCGAAUCAGCCAACUGGAAAGUCGGCGAGAGCUGUGGGUGGUUCCGAGUGGCUUCUGGGAGCGAACGCAUUUUAAAAGUAGGGCUGUCGCUGUGGCAAUGGAAGGAGAGACCGCUUUAAAUUUAAUUUCAGAAGGAGCCGGUAGCGACCCUAUGGGCUACCGUUGUGUUAGUUUUACAGUUGCUGCACUAUUUCCAGCUGCCAAUUACAAUUUUAGCGCCACAUAUCUUAAAAUUGGGCAUCCUGCAUAACCGCAACUAACGGUGACGCCAAAGGUAGACAUCUUUAUUAACGGCAGUCCUAGGCCGCCAAACAUCUUGACACUUCCUCUGCUUAUUGGUUGCUCCAUUGAGCAUGCGCUUCAGUACUGGCCAAUCGCCUUGUGACUCCCACCCACUGCUUUUAGUGAACUUCAAAUCACCUUCCUGGUUGAGAGCGGAAGCAAAGGCUGCGUAGUGCUGGCAGCGCUCACCGAUUUUCCUAGACCCACGUGGAAGCGGCGCUCAGGAUGCUGCGCCGUGAGGCCCGCCUUCGCCGCGAGUACCUGUACCGCAAGGCCCGGGAGGAGGCGCAGCGCGCCGCCCACGAGAGGAAGGAGAAGGUGCGGCGCGCCCUGGAAGAGAACCGCAUGAUUCCCACGGAGUUGCGCAGGGAGGCUCUGGCCUUACAGGGUUCCCUGGAGUUCGACGACGCUGGCGGUGAAGGUGUGACCAACCAUGUGGAUGAUGAAUAUCGAUGGGCAGGGAUAGAGGAUCCCAAAGUCAUGAUCACUACUUCCCGAGACCCCAGUUCCCGCCUCAAGAUGUUUGCAAAGGAGCUGAAGUUGGUGUUUCCUGGUGCCCAGCGCAUGAACCGUGGCCGACAUGAGGUGGGGGCACUAGUGCGAGCCUGCAAAGCUAAUGGGGUCACUGACCUGCUGGUUAUCCAUGAGCAUCGAGGCACACCUGUGGGGUUCAUUGUCAGCCACCUGCCCUUUGGCCCCACUGCUUACUUCACACUGUGUAAUGUGCUUAUGCGGCAUGACAUCCCCGACUUGGGCACCAUGUCAGAGGCCAAACCUCACCUCAUCAUUCAUGGCUUCUCCUCCCGCCUGGGCAAACGGGUCUCUGACAUACUUCGUUACCUGUUCCCUGUGCCCAAAGAUGACAGCCAUCGGGUUAUCACCUUUGCAAACCAGAAUGACUACAUCUCCUUCCGACACCAUGUGUACAGAAAGACCGACCACCGCAACGUGGAGCUGACUGAGGUCGGCCCUCGCUUUGAGCUGAAGUUGUACAUGAUUCGCCUUGGCACGCUGGAACAGGAGGCCACAGCAGAUGUGGAGUGGCGUUGGCACCCCUACACCAACACUGCACACAAGAGGGUCUUUCUAAGUGCUGAGUGAGCCCACUCUCUUGGGAUGUGGGCUUGGACCCAGGAGGUGGGGGAGGCCAGAAUAAAGUCGGUGUGCCACACUA